AUGAACGCCUUUGUCCCCUCGGACAAUCCUGAUGCGCCUUUAUACGUGGGCAGCUCCUUAAAAUGGAACUUUGAUAAGGGCACCGUUGAUGAUCGUGGGGAGGUUAUUUCGCCUUGUGAUAGUCGCUUUCUCAUCGAACUUAACACGAGGUUGGAUCGUGGUUAUGAUGAUAUCUAUCAACAUUUCAUCAUCGAGGACGAAGAUUCAGCUCAAUCUGGGGGCAAUGAAGAGUUCACUUUCGGCGCCUUACUACCCCCUGAAAGUUUUGUUGUUAUGUCUGAUGAGCUUUGCCAAGUUAUUCAUGGCACUUCCAUCCUCUUCGUCGAAAUCGCCAGGGAAGUCCGUCGUUUACAGCGCUACCCGAAAUUAUUCCCUAAUGAAUCUUCCAUGAUGACGUUUCACUCUGUACUUCUAUCAAAACUGUCCUCGAACAAUGAAAAAUGGAAGAAUACCACUGGGGUAGUACACAGUGAAUCUUGUUGGAACAGGCUUGAAAAAUCUGAGUACCUUAUCGAGUUUUGGUUGAGGCAUCCUACCUAUCAAUAUGACCUCAAACCAUGGCAGCAAUUCAUGAAAGACAAGGCACCAGGAAGUGGAAUCAACCCCAAAGUCAAAUUCCUCAAUAAUGUUUCUGUUCUAAGUCAUUUCAAAGACACUGAGUCUGUGAAAGGGAAUUUUCAUAUCAUGCCCCCGGGUGGCAUUGCAGUGUGGAGGGAUUGGGUCGAAAACUUUCAAGACGUCCGGCGUAGGAUUCAUCAAACAGUUAUUCCAGACCACUUUCGAACGGAUAUUACAGAUAGGGUGAAUUCUGAAGAGAUGCUACAUUUGAGACCAAUGCUAUACAGAUGCGAAACUUUACCAUUUCAUUUUCAGCUCAACUUAUGGAAUCCGCGGGUAUGCAGUCAUGAAAGGGUCUUCCCAGAAGACGUUCUCCCAACUCUCGAAACCAUCAUAGGAGACCUUGAAGGGUUCAUUGACAUAGGGUUUGAGGACACUACGGCCAGUGGUAUGGUCGUUGCAUCUAAAUCAAACAAUGAGUAUCUCGUUUUUCAUCAUGGCAACCACUGA